AUGGAGCUGUGGUUCAGGUGGAGUUGGUUAUUAGUGGUUCUUCUCUGUGGCCUAGGCUUUAGCAGUGCCUAUGUUAGACAACGGCGCCAGUCAGACACUCGGUGGAGAGGUUAUCAGCCUGGAGUGGGAUAUCCUAGAGGACUUGGGCAACCUGUGUCAGGUGUAGGUUCUCCUAGAGGACUUGGGCAACCUGUGUCAGGUAACCAAUGGUCUCCAGUGUCUGGAUUUGGAGCUUCAAGGGGAGUUCCGCCUCAGUCUCCAUGGGGCUCCAGGUAUCCUGGAGCAAUUAAUGAGCUUCGACAGGUUGUACAACCUGCAUCCUCCCUUAUCAGUGUGCAGUGUGCUGAGGACCAGAUGGUGGUGACUGUGCAGAGAGACUUCUAUGGCAAUGGGUAUCUUAUAAAAACCUCAGAACUGACCCUAGGAUCGUGCCAACCUGGAUCCCAGACUUCAGAUGAAAUGGUCUUUAACAAUAAUGUGGAGGCCUGUGGGGCCAGCUUACAGUUGACCCAGGACUUCUUGAUCUAUAGAACUAUCUUGAACUACAAUCCAGUUUCCAGCAACUCCAUCAUAAGGGCCAAUCCUGCUGCGGUUCCCAUCAUGUGCUAUUACCCCCGUCAUGGCAAUGUGAGUAGCAAGGCAAUCAUUCCAACUUGGGCUCCGUUUAGUACCACAGUCUCUACGGAUGAGAGGUUGGCCUUCUCAAUGUACCUGAUGACCGAUGACUGGAGCAGUCGUAGAUCUUCCUCAGUCUUCCAGCUUGGAGACCUCUUUUAUAUAGAAGCCUCUGUGAUGACUGAGAAUCACAUCCCCAUGAUCCUGUUUGUUGACUCCUGUGUGGCCACAGCUACAUCAGAUGUGAACUCCAGCCCCAGUUAUCAGAUCAUAGCCUUUAAUGGGUGCCUGGUAGAUGGGACACAAGAUGACUCCUCCUCAGCUUUCAUAUCUCCAAGGUCUCGGCUAGAUAAGAUCCAGUUCACAGUUGAUGCCUUCCGGUUCAUUGGGACAGAUGCAUCUACGAUCUACAUCACAUGUUCUCUAAGAGCUACUCGAGCGAACCAAACUCUUGAUCCAAUGAACAAAGCCUGCUCUUACAACAAGAAUACUAGAAGCUGGUCUGCUCUUGAAGGCUCAAAUGACAUCUGCCGCUGCUGUGACUCUGGGACCUGUGCUCCUGCUCCUCUUGGCCAGGCCAGAAGAUGGGGCAGAAUCAACGGGGGAUCAAGAGGCAUUCAGAAGAGAGAAACUGGCCAUCAUCUUGAGGAGCAUUCUGUGGCCACACUUGGCCCUCUAUUGGUCAUCUGGGCUGAGGCAAGCCAUAUGAAAUCUGUUGCAGACAAUGUCCAGCCUUCAAGAGUCCCUGAAGAGUCUCCACCAUUAGAGAUGUGGAUGUUGGUGGCCAUUGGUUCUGUCAGUGUGGUGGUUGUAGCUGUUGCUAUAGUUGUGAUUUCUAGAUACAUUGUGAAAAGCUUGGCAACCCGCAAAACUAUGGAAUAA